AUGGCAGAAACCGCGAGCAACGCCGACUCGAGCCAGCAGAAGCUGAGCGCCCCCAAGGACAAGAACUGUCCCUAUUGUGGUCAGGCCUUCACCUCCUCCUCUCUCGGCCGACACCUCGAUCUCUACAUCAAGGAAAAGAAUCCCAAGCCCCCAGAUGGAAUUCACGACGUCGACGCCAUCAGGCGUCUGCGAGGUGGCAUCACGCGGAGACAGCCUAGGGGGUCGAUGGGCACCAGAAAUGCCUCGACCCCAGCCAGCACGCCGAGGCCUGCCCAGUCCAAGCGGGACGCGACGCAAGAUGCCGAAUCCCACAGGUCUCCCGCCUUGCCCAAGGACGGCCAAUAUGCCGUCGACUCGACGCUGAGCAAAUACCCUUGGACCCCUUCUUGGGAGACCACCGGUGUCAUCAACAAUGCUCCUUCUAAAAACGGCGAUGUUGCUACCUCUACCGAUGGGGAGGGCAGCCAGAAUGCAGGCAGGAGGCCAAGGCAAGUGAGCAAGCAGGUGAUGCAAAAGGCCCAGUUCGAUGUGAAGCACAAGCUUGCCGAUGCGAUGGAUACCGCCCGCGCGGCGGAGCUCGCCCUCAGAGAGCUCUUGAGCUCUUGGAGAGCAGCCAAGCAACACAUCGACAACAACUCUAUGCCUUUCGAAUUUGACCCUCUUGCCCUCGACUUUCCUGCGUUGACGCUGCAGUGCCUCGCCUCGCCGCCUACUCUCUUCUCUUCCACACAGCAUCCUACCUCCACCUCUUGGUCCGUCCAAUCACCUGGGCAAAGAGAAUACGACGCGCUCAGGGCCUUCUUCAGAGAAGAGUUUAGUAAUUGGAAGGCAACUUGCGCCACUGCUACUACGGCAGUGAUGGAGGACCUAACAUAUCCCCCCCGCGAGGGUCUCGUCCGAGAUACCCGUGACGCCGUGAAGAAGGCCGAAAAGUCGGCGGAAACUCUUGAGAAGCAGGUCAAUGAGCACUUGCAAUCGGCCUUUGCUGUUUGGACCUCUUUGCCUGUUCAGCGGCGAAAUGAACUAUGGCUACUGGAGAUGGCAAGAAGCGUGGGUAGGAAGCAGACCGAGAUUGACAAGAUGAAGGACGAACAACACAGACUGCAGCAGGAGAACGUCAACUUGAAAACUCAGAUUGAUCAGCUGAAUCGUCUACAGCAGCCACGAGAAUUCAAACUGUUUUCUCCGGCUACAAUUCCCCUGGAGCGACAGCUCUUGACCCACGUGUUGGAAGCAGGGGUCAAGAGCGGUGGCCGUGGCGUAGGUUUGCGGCUCGAGGACCGACAACUGGAUCUCAACGACGUUGUCGUCAGGGCCAUUGAACGGUGGAAGACGGUCAUCAGCAUGAAUCGUGUCGCCAACAAUGGCAUGAAUGCUCAAAAGGCUUUGGAUCAAACAAACAGCAACACACCGACCCCGACCCCGACUCCGACCCCUCAACAACAACAGAACCUGCAGCAGCAGCAGCAGCAACAACAACAACAACAGGCGCAGUCGUUACAGCAGCAGCAGCAUCAGCAACAGCAACAAGUGCAACAGUUUCCGAGCCCCGAUCAGCAGCAAUCGACGACGAGCACCACUGGCCAUAGUGACCCAGCCGCGUCGAUCAGCGGCCCUCCUUCAAUCGACGAUGCUAGCGACCAAGAUGCCGAUGGGGAUGCUGAUGGGGACGCCGACGGAGACGCUGACGCCGACGCCGAGAUGGAGGACGAUGACAGUUUUGCUGUAAUGGACACGCCCACCGCCAAACCUGUGCCCCAGCAGCCAAUCCAACGACAAGCUACCCUCGAGGUACCACGGACAAGGCAAGUGCAGCAGAGGGGUGCGAGUGAUGCGCGGUUCAUGAUGCAGAAUGGUAAUCCAAAUGCGAAUCGGGGCGGAAUCAACAUGAGCAGGUCAAUGCCGAAUAUGCAGGCAACGAUGCAGAGCAUGCAUGGUGGUGACAUGGGAAUGGCCAUGUCCCAGGUGAGAGGUGAUCCAAUGUACAUGGAUUGA